CGCAUCGAAACGGCAGAAACCAACCCAAAAAAGAGCCCAGCUGAGUUACCACUACAGCUCCCCCUCCCCGGCCGGCCGAGUCAAUCCCCAUGGCGGCUGCGACAGCGGCGAUUGCGGCUGCGACGGCGGCGGAGGAGGAGGCGCGGCUGCUGCGCCUGGAGGAGCAGGCGGAACACGGCGGCGGCGGCGCCUGGGAGUACCUCUGCCUCGCCCGCAGGCUCCGCGCUCGCCGCCCCGCCCACGUCCUCCGCAUCGGACUCGCCCUCCUCAACGACGCCUCCGCGCGCUCCCGCCUCGCCUCAGAACAGUGGACGCUGUACGAGCAGGUGGCCGUGGCAGCCAUGGAUUGUCAGCGUCUCGAUGUGGCAAAGGACUGUAUUGGAGUCCUUUCAAAUCAAUUCCCAGGCAGCACGCGGGUUGCCCGGCUAGAAGCCCUUCUGUUUGAAGCGAAGGGUGAAUGGGUUGAAGCUGAAAGAGCCUAUGCGCUAAUCCUGGAAAACAAUCCGUUUGAUCAGAUUGUCCACAAGAGAAAAAUAGCUAUUGCAAAAGCACAAGGUGACAUGUCAUUAGCGGUCGAUUAUCUCAAUAAGUAUCUGGAAUUAUUUAUGGCAGAUCAUGAUGCCUGGAGAGAACUUGCUGAAGCAUAUGUUUCCUUACAAAUGUACAAGCAAGCUGCCUUUUGUUAUGAGGAGCUAAUAUUGGCCCAACCAACUAUUCCACUUUAUCAUAUAGCCUAUGCUGAGGUCCUGUACACAAUGGGUGGCUUGGAAAAUCUUCAAACAGCUAAGAAGUAUUACGCAUCAACGAUCCAGUUAACUGGAGGCAAGAAUACAAGAGCCCUCUUCGGUGUAUGUUUGUGUAGUGCGGCAAUCAAUCAGCUGACCAAAGGAAGGAAUAAGGAGGAAGAGGGCUCAGAGCUGCAGAGCUUGGCUGCAGAGGCACUGUUGAAGGAUUACAAGCAACGCGCACCGUCCAAGGUGCCACUUAUCACAAGCAUGUUGAAGAGCAUGAAACUUUCCUGAUCUCGGCCUUCACUCAUCAAUUGUCUAGCUAGCUUCUGGUACGUCAGCAGCUAGUUAGCGACGCCACAGUGGCCUGGUUGACAGAUAACUAAAUUGAUCCAGCAUAAUGCUUGUUUUUGUGAUGACACCAACACUGUAAAAUUUAUGUAGAUGCCCCCGCAUGCGUUGUACAAUACCGGUUUUGUUUAUCUAAAUACGCGGGGACUCUUAUCAUUUGAUGUUCUACUAUAGGUCAAUAAACCCGCUACUGCAAUUUCAUAUGCAGAAUCUUUUUUGAAUGAGGCAUCGGAAAGUUGUACC